AUGGGCCAAACACUGUCGACGCCAUCAAGGGAGGAGCCUACGGGCCCUUCUUUGACAUCAGAGAGCAUUAUGGCUUCAGAAGACGUGUCAGAUUUAACCUCAACAGACGACGACACGGUGACCGCUCCUGAGAAAACUUUCGACUCUACCUCCCAGAAGGAUACCGCUGAUGAGACCUCCAAUGCCGAAGCUCCUAAGGUAGAUGACGAUGAGAUCGAUAUCGAAGCGAUCUGCAAAUUUAGCUUAGAGUAUAAGCGCGACCUCGAGCAAACCAGUCAGGCUAUCAAAGAACAUGUCGAGUUUGUUGAAAGUAAAAGGCAGCAGUACGAGUUGGAAUUUGCCAAGAUAGAGAAGGAAAUUGCCGAAUGUAGUGUCGGCGCAGUCGUUAUGCUUACGAAGCUCACCGAGCUCGAAAUCAUCCACAUGCAAACCCUAAAGAACGACAUCUUACACAAGUCAAACCUCCAAGCGAUACUGGAAGACUUCCCUUCUCACCCCGGAUUCCCGGUCGUCACCCUAGAAGUUUUACGCGAGAUGGAAAUCAAUAAUGCAACGGAAGACGACUGCAAGGAAUUAAACAUAAUCCUCCACGCCCAACCCAAUCCCUCUAUCUCGACUAUAAUGGGCCACAUUCGACGGAGAUUCCCGCCCCCGAAGACUAAGAAAGAUCUUUACAAGGAGCGACAGGCGAAGUUACUCGCGGAGAAGAAAGCCAAUAACGAGAUCCGCAAAGCGAAGCGCGAGGAAAACAUCAUGAGGCAGAAAUUCCGCGCCGAGUCGCGAAAGGUAGCUAAGUUCCUUAAAGUUCCUCCUGGACCGGAACCUCCCUUCCCGCAUCGAGACCCGCCGAUGAAUACUCGACCGUGGAGGGCGAGGAAGAUUUUGACGCAAGCUCGCAUUAUUCGCAUACGCGACCGAUACUUGGAGCUCUUUGCGGAUACUUGGAAGGUGUACACGCAGGACAAGUUGGAGGAUCUGCGAUUGGCGGUUAUGAAGGCUAAGGCGGACAGGACGCGUGUGCUUAUGAUGAAGAUACUUGGCCGAGCGAAGGGGAAGGGAUACCAGUGGCGACUACAUAUGUUGCGCCGUAAGUCGUACAAGACUAUGUACUGGAUCUUUAACACUCGACUCGGCGCUUGA